GUUUUCAGCUUCAGUCUAGACGCGAUCGCGAACACAUUGCAACGGGGCAACGGUCAGAACCGAAAAGCAAAUCACAAUACUGAUUUUAGUUUCGAUUUAUUGUUGUUGUUCUGAUUGAGAUUCACGAAUUCCGCGUCCGAAAUUACACACACCUAAUCGAAGUAUAGCAGUUGAUUAGUGUUCCGGUAUAAGCAACGCUUCCGCCCAAUAAGCUUUUUGGCAGUGCGAUAUCUCAAAGUUAUUUCCGACUGCGACGCAAGCAAAAGCUUUGUCGCGGUUAUAUUAGUCAGUCUGUCGAUGUAUGUACAAACGUAGCUGCUAAAUCCGAAUUGUUUAUCGAAAAACCACAGCAAAUCAAAUCGAAUAAAAAAUCCAACCUUAAGUUAUUUUUGUCGUAAAUUCUCGACUGAACCAAAUACAACAAGUUGUGCACAUUUCCAAUUGCUCAAAGUUCGUAAUAGUGGCUGUGGAAUCAUAAAUAAUGCUACACUUCAGUUCAAGGAAAGGAGAUACAGCAGCAUGUCCGAUGUUAAAGCACGUGGACCACUGGUCAAUCAAUUCUAGGCGAAGUCGCACACCGAUCAGCGAGAACUCACGGCGACAAGCAGUGGAAGCAGUUGUCAACAAAAUUUGCUCCUGCCACCAGUAUUCAGUAUUCAUAGCUUUAGCCAUAUUAUUAGCCGUAAUCAGUACUGUCACCAGUAGUCCUAUACAGACAACAACACAGGCCGAGAUUUAUCUGUCACAAUUCGGCUACCUGCCCGCCUCAGCUCGUAAUCCUGCCAACGGCGGUCUGCUCGAUGCAAGCACCUGGACCAAAGCUGUGCAAGAUUUUCAGAAUUUCGCUGGCCUAAAUAUAACUGGAGACUUGGAUGAUGAGACUUUGGAACUAAUGUCACUGCCACGAUGUGGUGUACGGGAUAAAGUGGGCUUUGGCACUGACAGUCGCUCAAAACGAUAUGCCUUACAAGGAAGCCGCUGGAGAGUAAAGGCCCUCACCUAUAAAAUUUCGAAAUACCCGAAACGCCUUAAACGCAAUGAUGUGGAUGCCGAAAUAGCCCGCGCCUUCAGUGUCUGGAGCGAUUUUACAGAUCUGACGUUCACUCCCAAAGCUUCUGGGCCAGUUCAUAUUGAGAUUAAGUUUGUUGAGAGCGAACAUGGAGAUGGCGACGCAUUUGACGGCGUUGGUGGUACAUUAGCGCAUGCGUUUUUCCCUGUUUUCGGUGGCGAUGCACAUUUUGAUGACGCUGAAUUAUGGACGAUUGGCUCACCACGUGGCACAAAUCUUUUCCAAGUGGCUGCACAUGAAUUCGGUCACUCGCUGGGUUUGUCGCACUCAGAUGUACGCUCCGCUCUGAUGGCACCUUUUUAUCGUGGAUUCGAUCCUGUUUUCAAGCUUGACUCCGAUGACGUUCUGGCUAUACAAGCUUUGUAUGGCAAAAGAACUGUUGGAGUAGCCAAUCGUGGCGGAUUCCCCAAAACAACGCAAAGGCCAGCGUACGUGCCUCCAAAAGUGCCACGAGACGAAGUCAUUUGCAAGGAGCCAAAAGUAGACGCCUUAUUCAACUCAGCCGAUGACCAGACAUAUGCCUUCAAGGGCAACAAGUACUACAGACUCACUGAAAACUCCAUUGCAGAUGGCUAUCCCAAGCUCAUUUCGGAAGGCUGGCCUGGUUUGCCGGGUGAUAUUGAUGCGGCAUUCACAUACAAAAAUGGCAAAACAUACUUUUUCAAGGGCACGAAAUACUGGCGCUACAAUGGACGACAAAUGGACGGUGACUAUCCAAAGGAAAUCAGUGAAGGCUUCACUGGCAUACCAGAUCAUUUGGAUGCUGCUAUGGUGUGGGGUGGUAAUGGCAAGAUUUACUUCUACAAAGGCAGCAAAUUCUGGCGUUUCGACCCACUUAAGCGGCCGCCAGUCAAAUCAAGCUAUCCAAAGCCCAUUUCAAACUGGGAAGGCCUGCCAAAUAAUAUUGAUGCUGCGCUACAAUACACCAACGGCUAUACCUACUUCUUCAAGGGUGACAAAUACUACAGAUUCAACGACAGAACAUUUUCGAUCGAUGCAGCAAAUCCGCCAUUCCCACGACCAUCUGCACAUUGGUGGUUCGGCUGCAAAAAUGUGCCCUCGUCAACAGGUAAUAUUCUUGAAAAUACCGAAGAAUCGUAUUUAACCUCUGCAUACAACAAUGACGAAAAUGACGAAUCACUACAAUUCGAAGCAGGAAAUGAUGACCAUCAAGCACAUGACGAGUCUCCAGAAGCCGAUGCCUCGAGACAAAGCAAUUCUGGCAACAAAUUCCACGGAACGCAUAGCUGGAGUUUGCUACUGACGACGGCAUUAAUGGUGCUCAUGUACAAGUUUAAAAGCAGCUAAAACAUCUAUGAAAACAAUAGCGAUAAAUUUCCAUGCAUACGAGUACACACGCACACAUAUGUAUAUGUAUGUAUGUAAAUAGGUAUUUAAGCUGAGUUCAAUGAUGCAAACAUUCAAAUGUGAUUAGAUGUGCACUAACAACAAAUGGCAUUAGACUGCAUACCAAAUCAACAAUGAUAAUGUACGAAAGAAGUAAAGGGUAGGGGUGUACGAGCACCUAUACCAAUGCAACUUGAAUGAAUUUUGCCUAUUACUCCUUAAGCGCUCCGAACACUUGUACAUGUAAAUUAGCUUUAAUGGAAUACAUAGAAAACUGUAUUCACACAUACAUAUACAUAGAUUAUACUUAAGUCCAUUUCUUAGUUUAAGUUAGGCAAGUGCGAACGAAUUGUGACAGCUUAGUUUUUCAAUUGUAAACUAUGCAUUAUGUAAUUGCCAGCGCAAUCAAUUAUGGUAAAUGAGCGUCGAAUAAGUGUUGUAAUGCUUUGAGGCACGAAUUACAUUUUCUCCCCCAUUGUAUUUUGGCAUAGAAAUACAGUGCUUUGCAUGCAAACUAGACCCGCACGGCAGUUGAUUUUAUGGCUGAGAAGAAACUAGAUUUUUUACAAUGAUAUUUUUAUUGAAGCAAUUAAAUGAAUUAUAAAAUAAGAGCGCAGCACAGUUUUGAUGCUAAAUUUAAAUGUUUGUGAAUGCGUUUCUAAAUACAAAUUUGUCAAAUUAUACUAAGGCCUUCAGUAAUUACAAAUAGAGAUCAUAAAAAGUGCAAUUUAUAAAUGAAUGAAAUGAAAUUUCAACAUUCCGCCAGAAGGUACAUUCUACAAUAAAAAAAUUGAUUUUAACAAUUAAAUGAAAUUGGCACCCCCUUCAAUUGGCUUGUUCACGUCUAUGCUUACAUGAGAGUGUAGAAAUGCAGCCGUGUAUAGCAAAUAAAGUGUUAUUUUUUUUUAGAAGCAUUAGAAGAUAUACGGGUUUCUGCCUUAAAGCCAUUGUAAAAUAAAUUGUAAAUUAUUUUUUUUAUACGUAAGAAAUAUUUUUAAGAUCUGAUUUGUAAUAAAAUUUACCUGUAUUCAUAUAUUUUAGCAAUAGUUAUAUAUUGUAUUAUAUAAAUAUGCAUACAUAUGUAUACUACAUCGUGUAUAGACGUAUUCGAAUUACGGAAUUAAUAUUUAACUCCGCAUAUUGUAGUCAUUUGAGAAUUGUACAUAUGAUCGUAUGUAUAUAUGUAAAUAAGCUUAAAUGCAUCCGUCUUCACAUACAUCAAA